ACCAACUUUUUUCUGGACUAUGGAGUAACUCUGAGCAGAUUCACCCGAGCCGGCGGCGGCUACACAAAUCGGACCGCCAGGGCUGCCGCUGCUGUAGAAGAGGGUUAAAGGCGACGCUGGCGGCCAUAUUUCCGUUCCAGUAGACCCAGCUCUGCCGCCACCCUAGAGGAAGACUAGGGGAUGAAUCUGGCGGCCGUCUAGAUCUAGGAGCGGGUGGUGGUCGGGCUUCGCUGUAGACCUUCUUCUCAGAUUGGCUGGGCAUGGAUCUGAUUCUUCCUUUUAAAACUGGAGAUCUCGCAGAGGCAAGGUCCCUUGUUCAAGGUUUCAAUGGUGCAUGGUUUCGCUCCAAGAUAGAGGAUACACGUGUCACAGAAUCCGGACACCUUGAGUAUUACUUGGAGUAUAUUGACUAUCCAGAAGAAGCCAAGGAAUGGCUUCAAGUAUUUCGAAUGGAACUCAACCCAGAAUGCGGGAAUGGGAAAUCAAGUGCGAGUUGUCAAAUCAUGUUACGUCCUUCCUUUCCUCAGUGGUGUAGGGAGGGUGAAGUUCCUGACCAUUUUUCAAAGAGCGAGCUGAUUGUAACUGUUUGUGAUACCUGGAAAGUAGGUGAUUGGGUAGAAUGGUUGUACGAAGAUUGUUACUGGACUGCGAAAAUUAUUAAGGUGCUCACUAAAGAUGUGGUUCAGGUAAGCCUGUUAGAACCUCCCUUGGGUGAAGGUGGGAGCUAUUCUGCUAAAUUUAAGGAUCUGAGACCUGCGCUUGAUUGGUCGAUUAUUGAAGGUUGGACUGUACCUCGUUCACAGGCAAAUGGGAAAUGCUGGUAUGCUGCUUGUCUGAUCCAUCCUAAACCUGAUAUAGAAGAGAGCGAUGCAGAUGAAGAGGAUGCUCUGAGAUCUCCAAUCAAAAUUCGUUCACUGGACGCAGACAGGGAAUCUGAGCUAAGCAAUCAGAGGGACACCAUCAUGACGUCUAAGAGAAAACUGAGGCCAACCACGCACAAAUCAUCAGAUCCUAGCCAACAAGGUACCCGUAGUUCGAGGAGGCGAUGGAUAUCUCUGUCAGAGCAUGUUCAGCUGCAUCCUCCUGACACUACCAAAACUACCAUGGCAGAAGAGAACAGGCCCUCAAAUCAAACCGAUGUCCGCCGGCACUCCUUACGAGUCCGGAAGUCUGCAAUGGGUGCUUCGGUACGGCACAAAUAAGCUGGUUCACGCUGCAUUACGGGAAUGGAUCUUGAUAACGUCGAGGAAAUGUUUGUUGUCUUCGCAGAAAUCUGGCACAUUGUCAGGGAGACUCUUGUUACAGCAUUUCUGAUGAGACUGUCUAGGGCAUGAUCCAUCAAUUGGCUGUUGUUCGGAAGAAGUUGCAACCUUACGAAUUACCGGAGCAGAAUGCAGUGGAUGAGCCUUUCUGAUUUCCUGGGCUCUGGUGGUCUGGCUGGUUGUUACUUCUGAACUCCAUCAGAUAAGCAUCAACUAAGACGCCUGGAAUUUUGUUAUGAAGUUGGUGCAAGGACUACUACCGAAGGUUAUAUGAUCGUCCAACGCAUGAACAGUAAAUGUCAAGUGACGAUCAUCCGAUGCAUGAACAGCUGUUGAUCAAUGGAUCAUAUGUAUCAAGUGUUAAGAUGUUACAGUUGUGCAGUUCCUGAUCAUUUGUGUUUCUCGAUCUUUUGGGCGCAACAAGUUGACCAACUUUUGAUUUUUCUCA